AUGUUAAAACUAUACAUACAAAUUCUGCUACUACUGUAUUUCAAGACAUCUAGCACAUUUGCGAAAACGAAAUACAACAUCGUCACCAAAAUCCAUACCAAAACGGUCACCUCGUUCACCUCUGUCACUUUUACAGGCUGGACCACAAUCCAGACCACCUCCUACAGAACGCAGACCACCCCACUUACAGAGACCCCAAAGCUUAAACCAAACACAUUAGACCAAAAUUUCGCUUCCCAAGUGCUAAACCUGCAUAACGACUACCGCAGGCAGCAUGAAGCCUCGAUGCUCACCUGGAAUGACACGUUGUACAAGAAGGCCCAAGAAUACGCAAACAAUGCUGUGGUAUGCAACGGAACUCUAAUCCAUUCUAAAUACCCCUACGGUGAAAACCUAGCCCUUGGCUACAACUCCUCCGCAGCCAUAGCAGCAUGGUACGAUGAAAAUAAAAUCUACAACUACAACCAACCUGGAUUCUCCAGAUCUACAGGCCACUUUACACAGAUGGUAUGGAAAAAUACUACAAGCAUUGGAUGCGCAUACAUAAUAUGCGGCGAAUACUAUGGCCAGUAUACAAUCUGUGAAUACGAUCCCCCGGGAAAUGUUGAGGGCCAAUAUGCAGACAACGUUUUAUCAUCAAACCUAAAAAAUACCUAA